CAGGGCGCUUGAGCGGCUUGGGCCGGUUAAGGGUUUGAGGGGAAGAUGGAGUGUCCCGCUCUGGGCACCGUGGAGCCUGCGGCCCGCGGAGGGGCCGGGCCUCACAGUCGCUCGGAAGAGCGGGAGGGCGGGGAACCGGACGGGGUGCGCUUCGACCGCGAGAGGGCGCGCCGCCUGUGGGAAGCCGUGUCGGGCGCCCAGCCGGUGGGGAGGGAGGAAGUGGAGCAUAUGAUCCAAAAGAAUCAGUGUCUCUUCACCGACACCCAGUGUAAAGUCUGCUGCGCCUUGCUGAUCUCGGAGUCCCAGAAGCUGGCCCAUUACCAGAGCAAAAAGCAUGCCAACAAAGUGAAGAGAUACCUUGCAAUCCACGGGAUGGAAACACUCAAGGGGGAGCCGAAGCGACUAGACCCAGAGCAGCCUGGUCAUUCAGAUGAGAUCAUAGAACCCCCCACUACCACCGCUGCCAGCAGCAACAACAAGGAAUUGUUAAAGCCAAACAUCAGAAUACUCUGUUGGAUCCAACUUUCUCAGAGACAGAAGAGCAGCAGAAGCAAAGACAAGAACCAGUGCUGCCCCAUCUGUAACAUGACCUUUUCCUCCCCUGUUGUGGCCCAGUCGCACUACCUGGGGAAGACCCACGCAAAGAACUUAAAGCUGAAGCAGCAAUCCACUAAGGUGGAAGCCUUGCACCAGAGUAGAGAGAUGAUAGACCCAGACAAGUUCUGCAGCCUCUGCCACGCCACCUUCAACGACCCCGCCAUGGCCCAGCAGCACUAUAUGGGCAAGAAGCACAGGAAGCAGGAGACCAAGCUCAAGCUUGUGGCGCACUACGGGCGCCUGGCGGACCCAGCUGUCGCCGACCUGGCAGCUGGGAAGGGCUACCCUUGCAAGACAUGUAAGAUAGUGCUGAACUCCAUCGAACAGUACCAAGCUCACGUCAGCGGCUUCAAACACAAGAAUCAGUCACCGAAAACAACCGUGUCACCCUUGGGCCAGAUCCCAGCACCACAGCAACCCAUACAACAGGAUGCUGCCGCCCUGAGAGAGUAGAGGUGUUCCCGCCCGCCCCGCUAGCCAGCUGCCCGUGACUGUCAGCCGUGGCUCUCUCUUCCCCCUUUCUCACACCAGGAGAAUAAGAGGCUGCUUCAAAAAGCUGGUGGAAAAAAUGGAAUUAAAAGAUGUGUUUAUUUUGGUGCAAAAAGGUUUGAAACUCACACAUAGUUUUUCUCUGACAUGUGUUUUCCAUGAGCUUUUUGAAGUUCCCUUGUAGACGAGCCUGCGGCGGGAUAUCGGACCACAGCCUUGUCCAUGGAUGGGACCCUGCCAGUCAUGACACUGGAAGCAGAAGUCUGGAGAGGACUAGGGGUGACCUUGGAGGUGGCCUUCCCCCUAUACCAGCCCUCUGGCCACGUGUCCUGAGACCCCUGCUCUUGUCUCCCCUGUAGGCCACGUCCUUCAGCUAAAGACCCGAGCUCUCUCCGGCCUCCAGGUGUCUCCGGCAAAGCCUGAAGCUUUGGUGCCAGGUUUUAGCCAGGCAGGGUAUGGCUGGUGUGUGCCCUCAGCUGACAUGACACCCCCAGCACCCAGACAAGUGUAGGCUUCCCGAGCCUUGGACCACAUACUGGCCAGUUGGGCUGGCUGCCGGAGCAGUGACCCAGCCCUGGCAGAACUUUGUCAGCCACCCACCCCUCCCCACAGCUCGUGAAUGGUGCUAAGGAUCUAUAGGAGCUGGGUGCAGGCUGCAGCCGGAGGGCACUUCAGUGCCCCACAGGGGCGUGAGAGGCUGAUAUAGGGGCCUUGAUCCCCACCCCCAACCAUCAGAGGGGCCCGAGCUAGAGGCGUGUGGGAAGAUCCCAUGAGCUGGUCCUGAUGGUCCAUCCCAUAGGGACACAGCGCCUCAGGCCAGCUGGCCCAGCAGUCCCCACUGCCCUGCAGCCCGCACCUCCCUGCCCAGGUGCUAGUCUUCCCUCAUCGCCCUCCAGGGAAGUGGGGAGAGAGCGGUGCGGGCUUGUAGAGCUUGUAGAAUGUCUCUGAGUCUACUGUUCUAUGCGACUGUACCCAGAGUGGAUUUUGCAUUGUAACUUUCAAGCAAGAAUUCCAGCGGCGUCAUCUGAGGCCCCUCUCCUUUUGAGUCAAAGAAGGCCCUAGCUGCCCUUGGGGCCUCCUGCCCCUGUUCCCCAUGCCUUCUUCGCCCAGGAACUGCCUUGUGUGUGGGUGUAGAUACGUGUGCUUAUGCUCUGUCUCCUGGCCACUGAAUCAUCCAAAUAAAGAAUUUCUUU